UUCAUAACAGUUUGUAUUGCUCUCCCAGAACGUCAAGAUGCGGUGCGCUGGUGAUGGUGAAAAUGGCAUAAGAAGGAUCCUGAUGAUGGUGAUCUUAGCGAUGGUCACUGUAUCGUAUGCUGAUGCAGGAAAACAAAAGUGCAAAUUCAACGGCGAGAAAUUCAAAAUGGGAAAGGAAGUCCUCAACCUCCCCGAUCACUGUUGCUCCCUGAUGUGUGCAUCUGGCGGGGGCAAAGGCGGCAAACCAAAGCACUCGGGGGGCAUUUUGACCCUCGAAUUCACGCCCCUCGCCUCCUGUACUUGUCAGUCGCCCUCUCGCUCUGUCCUUGACCUCAAAACCGUUCUAAACAGAAGUCAACUCAAGCGUUGGGGCUCUGAAGGUUUGCCGAAGCCGGAGUCGAAACGCAGAUCGAAACGCGGAUCGAAUGAGAGAGAUACGACAAACAACAAUAAAAACAACAAGAAGAGGAUGAAGGAGGAGGGUAAGAAGGUAAAGCAGCUAAAGAAGAAGGGAAAGUGUGUCUUCAAUAAUAAAAAAUACAAAAAUAAUGAAAUCGUGGAAGAAGUGGCUAGCCGGUGUUUCAACUUAGUGUGUCAAGCGAGGAGGAGAAAGAGAAAGGGAAGAAUUGAAGUUGUUUCGAGGACUGAUUGCACGUGUUCGGACGAUGGAGCUAGAUCCCCCCGCCCGCACCUGGUCCCGCCGCCCGCACCUGGUCCCGCCCCGCCCGCACCUGGUCCCGCCCCGCCCGCGCCACCACCGGCCCGCGACUGCAAGGAGUAUAAAGACACCUUCACCCCUUUUCACUCCAUUUGUCUGCCCAAAAACAAGGCGUGCGGCAUACACAGGGAAGGCGUGAACGAGGAGGAGAAGGAUCUGAUAUUGAAGGAACAUAAUGACUACAGGGCUAAGGCUUGGUGCAGUACCUGUCCUACUAACCACGACUGCCCGGACUGUCGAAAAGCAUUUAGCAUUGGCGGCUUCGUGGGACAAAAUCUGUACUGGAAUUUUGCGUUCCAGCCAGAUCCGGUUUGGAGCCAAGCACUGAAAGCCUUCUACGAUGAAGUGGAGCUCGUCCCCAAAACUCUGGUGGGCAAAUACCUGUCAAUUCCCACGCCAAAGCCCAUCGGCCACUACACCCAGAUGGUUUGGGCUGAAACGAGCGAGGUGGGCUGUGGUGCCGCUUACCACGGUCCUUGUGCCGGAAGUUUCCCAGAGUGCAAGACUUACUGUUGCAAUUACGGUCCUGCAGGAAAUAUAUUGACAAGACCUAUAUACGAAGAAGGUCCUGCAGCUUCUAACUGUCCAAAUGGAAAGUCUGAAAAAUAUGAAGGGCUCUGUAAACCGUAAUUUCUUUUGUGAUUUGCGUGAUUUCGGUGUUGUUUUACUUCCUGGUUUAUGGAAAACAAACGGUGUGUGUGUGUGUGUGUGUGUGUGUGUGUGUGUGUGUGUGUGUGUGUGUGUGUGUGUGUGUGUGU